UCAACAGCUGCUCCGGCUAAAAAUAGCCUCCAACUGGGCGGGUCAAAUUUUACUUCACAGAGAGUUCACAGAGAGAGAGGACCCAGAGCCAGACGCUGAGACUCCGGAACGGGGCGCGCUGACCCUCGUCGGCCGCCGUCCACUCCGCUUCUGAGGGUCCCGGGGGCCACGGAGGUGUCGUCGUGGACAGUUAGGCAAAGUGUUUGGAGAAAAGGUUUCGUGACUUGUCUCCAGCGGCAAGUGGGAGGUUCUGGUCUAUAGGAACAAGACAUUUUCAGUGCUAGAAGGAAGAGGUGCCAGGUUUGGGAGAUCAUCAGUUCCUGACCUGAGAUAUCUGACUACAGCUUCCUGGCAGGCCCAGAGACACAGGAGAAAGCACAUCCCAGAGCUUCCAGUCUUUGCUUCAGAACUUGAGAAAAUGACCAAGGCCCAGGCAUUGUUAUCAUUUGAAGACGUGGCUGUGGGCUUCACCUGGGAGGAGUGGCGGCUGUUGGAUCCAGCUCAGAAAGAUCUGUACCGGGAUGUGAUGUUGGAGAACUACAGCAACCUGCUGUCAGUGGGAUAUCAAUCUUCUAACUCAGAUUCACUCUUCUGGCUGGACCAAGGAGGACCACCGUGGAUAGCAGAGGAAGCAGCCCAUAGUCCAGCCUGUCCAGGAGAAAUAUGGGAGAGUGAUCAUACACAGCGGCACCCAGAAAACCAAAGCAAGAUUAAAACUUUGGAAAGAUGUCAACAAAGUUAUGCACUUGGAAAUAAUUUCAAUUUAUACAAAAGUCUUGUUUCUUUAAUGGCAAGACACAUUAAGUUUGGCUCACAUUAUAAAAAUUUGAAGUCAUGUUUAGGUUUUGUUAACCAGAAGAGAACAUAUGCAAGAAAGGAUUCUGAUGAGUUUAUUGGCUAUGGGAAACCAUCUCUCUACAUCCCGCAUGAUAAAACUUGUACUGAAAUUAAAUACCAUGGAUGUGUUAAACCCAGUAGCACUAAAUCACAGCUUAGCAACCAUCAAAAAACUUACCCAGGAGAGACACCACAUGAAUGCAGUGAGUGUGGGAAAGUCUUCACCAGGAAGGCACAGCUCAUUAGACAUCAGAAAACAGAAAGAGGAGAGAAACCUCAUGGAUGCAGUGAAUGUGGGAAAACAUUCAUGAGGAAGAUUCAGCUCACUGAACAUCAGAGAACUCACACAGGAGAGAGACCUCAUGAAUGUAUGGAGUGUGGAAAAGCCUUUGCCAGAAAGUCACAGCUUAUGGUACAUCAGAGAACUCAUACAGGAGAAAAACCCUAUGUGUGCAGUGAAUGUGGGAAAGCCUUUAGCCGGAAGUGCCUGCUCAGUAGACAUCAGCGAUCUCAUACUGGAGAGAAACUCUAUGGAUGUAGUGUGUGUAGGAAAGCCUUUUCCCAGAAGGCAUACCUCAUCGCACACCAGAGACUUCACACAGGAGAGAAACCUUAUAAAUGCAGUGAAUGUGAAAGAACUUUUUUUUUUAAGUCAGACCUGACCAAGCACCAGAGAAUUCACACAGGAGAGAAACCUUAUGAGUGCAGUCAGUGUGAAAAAGCCUUCAGAAGCAAGUCAAAGCUCAUUCAGCACCAGCGAACUCACAGUGGAGAGAGACCAUAUGCAUGCACUGAAUGUGGCAAAGCCUUUGCCCACAUGUCAGUCCUCAUUAAACAUAAGAAGACUCAUAUAAGAGAGAAAGCUGCAAAUUCACUGAUGGUGGAGAAAGCUUCCUCAGGGAGUCAUAGCUCUUUAUACUUGAGUGAACUCUUACAAGAGCAGAACUCGUUGAACACAGUGCCUGUGGAAAUGUCUUCAGCAACUCAGCCCUUAUUAAGCAUUGGUGAACUUAUAGGGAAUAGAAAUGUGAUUGUGAAACAGCCUUUUCCAAGAAGUCAAGCUUUAGUAGACAAUCAGGAAUUUGCACAUGGAAUAAGCCUUGCAAAUGCAGUGAGUGUGACCACACCUUCAGUAAUAAAUUAUGUCUUUUAUGUUACAGACAUUGUGUAGGAAAAAGUCCUCUGGUACCAGAAAUGUGGAAAAGCCUCUAGCAAGAAUCCUGCACAUGUUCUGUGUCAGAGCUCACUUAGGACAGGAAUGAUACAGAUGCAGUGGUUGUGGAGGACACAUCUGUGAGAAGGUAGAUUUACCCAGUGUCAGUGAAAUCAUUUUGGGCAGAAAUGCAGUGAUUGUGGGGAAGCCUUUGCCUGGAGGUGAUAAUAACAAUUGAUCUCAGUGAAUUCUCACAGGUCCAAAACCUUAGGAAAGAAUGUGAUGGUUUUCAGUGAUAAAUUGUACCUCAUCAUGUGUCAGAGAAUCAUAGAAAAAGAAUUCCAGAGAUGUUGGAUGUGGAAAACAUUUUUAGUAAGAUGCGGAAGAACACAGGGGAAAAAAUCCUGAAAGCAAUGAAAGGUGGAAAUUCUAACACCAAAGUAACACAUGUAUCACAAUUUUAUACAUUAGGACUCUGGGAAACACUUCUCUAUUAAAUGAAAUCUCGGACACAGGAAUUGCAUUAUGUAGUGAAAAAUCUAUGAAUAUAAUAAAAGUAGAAGUAUAACUGUAUUAGUUUCUUAUGACUGCUGUCACAAAUUACCACAAAUUUGGUGGCUAAGAACAAUACAGAUUGAUUAUCUUACAGUGCUGGAUGUCUAUAGUCCAAAAUGCAUCUCACUAAGCUAAAAGCAAGGUAUUGGCAGGGUUGCACUUCAUUUUGGAGACUAGGAACAAAAUAAUCUGUUUUUUGUUCCCCCAGCUCCUAAGAGCUGCCAAAUUCCUUGGCUUGUGACCACCUUCCAUCCUCAAAGCCAGCAAUGACUGGUCAAUUCUUUUAUGACUCUAAUACUGAUUCUUCUGCUUUCCUUUUCCUAGUUUAAGGACCCUUGUGAUCACAUUGGGUCCACCCAGAUAAUCCAGGAUAAUGUCCCCACUUUAUGAUCAGUUAAUUAGCAAAUCUGCUACCUUGAUUUUUCUUCACCUUACAACUUAACAUAUUCACCAGUUUUGGAGAUCAGGAUGUAGACCCUCUGGCCCCCAGUGAUUUGUGUCCAUCCCACAUGCAAGAUGUAUCCACCCUUUCCCAACACCUCCAAAUGUCUUAAUCCAUCACAGCACCA